GUGCGUUCAGUCAGCGAAACUAUUAGACGCACUUGAGGACACGUUAUUAUUACGGCUGUAGCACAUUCCGUAAGCCACUAUGUUUUCCAUAUUUACAAAGAUAAAGGAACGCGUCGAGGCUUUUUUGAACGAGAAGAAUUUUUUCACUGACUGUCUCAAUAAGAUCGAAGAAAAAACGGGUAUCAGGAAACGUUACCUGGCAGCCGGUGCUGUCUCCGUGACGGGAGCAUAUUUAUUAUUUGGCUAUGGAGCCUCUCUGCUCUGCAAUCUGAUUGGUUUCGUUUAUCCAGCAUAUUUUUCAAUAAAAGCCAUUGAAAGUCCUGGUAAAGAGGAUGACACACAAUGGCUGACAUAUUGGGUAAUCUACGGCUUCUUCAGCAUAGGUGAAUUCUUCUCUGACAUUUUUCUCUACUGGUUUCCAUUCUACUACAUAUGUAAGUGCCUGUUCCUUCUGUGGUGCAUGGCUCCAGUCUCCUGGAAUGGUUCUCAGAUUCUGUACAGGCAUGCGGUGCGCCCAUUUUUCCUGAAGCACGAAGUUAAAGUAGACGGUAUGGUCAAUGAUCUGAGUGGGAAGGCCAUGUCAGCAGCUGAGAACGUCACCAGAGAAGUUCUUCAAACUCUGGUGAGAAACAGAACUAUUGGUCCUGCCAUGCCUGAAGCCAAACAACUGACCAGUUCAACUCCUACUGAACCCACUGUUGACUAAAAGAUGGCCGACUGCACUCAUGCAAAGUCUCAGUUAUGUGAAGAGAAGAAUCACAUGACAACAAGUAAAAGGAGCGGCUUCCUCAAGAAAGACUUCAGAUGGGCACAAAGCAAUUUCAAGGCACACAUGUACUGAGGCAUUGAAUUGUUAAAAUCUGACGUGACAGUAUUGAGGACCUCAAUUCAUUAUCAUUUUGAAUUAUUAUGUGAAUUAUAAUUUAUCUUAUUUUCCUAAUGAUCAUGGUUAUCAGACAGUCAAUGUCAGGAUUUUUGGAUGUUAUAGCCUAAUAAUCAAAAAUAUUUGUUCCUCCUCCUAAGCUAAACAUGUUUUGAGUAUUUACAGCAGUCAUCGAAUAUGUAAUUGUCCAGAAAGUUUACAUGUCUUCAGCAUUUUUAUUUAAAAUGACACUUUUCAAUCAAAUUGCAAUU